CCUCUCUUUCCCGGCGGAGCUGGGCUUCUCCUCGCGGGUUCGGCUUGGCUCCCCCCCACACCCACCCCCCUUUUCCCAAGUGCAACGCGUUCCCUGCUUCUCUGCCCCUCGUUUGCUUCCAGCCCCGCGUCCCUGAGUCCCCUUCCCUUCUCGCCCAACUUUUGGGGGCUCCUUGGAGACUUCGGGGGGGACUCCCAGCCCUCCCCCUUGCCCCACCGAGGAGAGGGAGGGGCUCCUUCCUCCGACGCCAUGCACCAAGCCCGAGUUUUUGUCCUUCUGGCUGUAAUGUGCCUGAACCUGGCUUCUGUGAAUGGGGGAGGGAAGAAGUUUUACCAGGGACCUUGUGGGGGACGAGACUGCAGCGCCGGAUGCCGAUGCUUCCCAGAGAAAGGGGCUCGGGGUCGGCCAGGGCCAAUUGGAAACCAAGGACAGCAGGGCGCUCCUGGAUUUACCGGAGCAGAAGGCUUGCGAGGGCCAAAGGGCGAGAAGGGAUCCAUGGGGGCUUCAGGACCAGCUGGAUUCAAGGGCGAUAAGGUAAGUUGAGCCCAUCUCUAUGUG